CACAAAGUACUUCCAAGUCUGACUCGACUCGUUCCUUGGUUCCUCAUCUAGAUCCAUCGGAGCUACUCUGAAUCCGUCUUCAUGUCUAGAAUUUGUGACAGCACCAUACAUCACGGGCGCACCUGACCCUACGUAUACUUCAUUGUUCAUCAAUGAUCAUUUCCCACUGUUCAGCUCUAUAAAGGCCACACCAAUCAGACUAGAGUCCUCACCAUUUUCACCGCAAUGAGCCCCCCUGUUGUUGCAAGUCUUUCUAAGGAUUCCAACUCAUCCAGGAGCCCCCCUAGAGGAUGGUCCGCCAAAUUCACAAAUCCUAAGACUGUAGAAAAGAUGCUCAAAUAUUCCACUGGUUUGGAAGCGACUCUUAAACUCUCCGAAGACAAGGGCUCGCGCUACAUUUUUUCAUCGGGCAAGGACUAUUACAUUUGGAACACGGCGAGCGAGCAAGGAUGGCGCAUUCUCAAUGUAGAGAAUCCCGAGGAAUUGUAUACCAAUGUCGCAAGGGGCAAAGGAGGACUGAAGCUUGAAGAACUGCCGGAUUAUGGAAGUGAUCUCGAAGGAUGAAUGUUCUUGCGACUCAGAAUUUAUCGU